AUGAUGAUCAACUUGACUUUCAGUAAUCACUCUGCUGAUUUUCUUAGUCUGAACACCUCGACAUAUGUGCCAGUGGGCAUUUCGGGCAAUAAUAGAACGGAAAAUGAUCUAGUUCAAUCAAUUGCCGUCUCUAACAUCUCGACCAGGAAUUCUAGCAUCCUCAUCAAUCACACUGAAAUCAACGACUUCGGCUGGUUUCUGAAAGUGUACAGCAAGGAGCAUCUGAUCCUCACCAGCUUCAUUCUGGGUAUAUUUGUGUUGUGUUGUAUCAUCGGAAACUGCUUUGUGAUCGCCGCGGUGAUGCUGGAGCGCUCGCUGCACAAUGUGGCCAAUUAUCUCAUUCUUUCCUUGGCUGUAGCAGAUCUGAUGGUCGCCGUCUUGGUGAUGCCGCUUAGCGUGGUCUCUGAAAUCAGCCAGGUGAGUGUUUUACGUAAGCUAUAA